AGCAAAUAACCCACUUACUAUCUUUACAUAAAAUCUCUAAAUUAUACAUGUUCAUGUCAUCCCACUAGCCAUACUCCUCCUCACCUGUCUAUAUAUAUAUCCAUACACUACUUACUCAUUCCCUAAAACCAUCAAAACCUUAGGCUUACCUUUUUCUCUCAGAAAACAGCUAUGAAAACCCACCUCUUCUCUCUAGCUUUCCUCUUCUUUACCCUAGCCCAAGGGAUGCACUUGAACCCUAAAUGUGGCAUCCAAGACCAAGGCUCAAACCUUCAAGUCUUUCAUGUUUAUAGUCCAUGCUCUCCCUUUAGGCCUUCAAAGCCACUUAAUUGGGAAGAGAGUGUGCUCCAAAUGCAGGCCAAGGACCAAGCCAGACUUCAGUUUCUGUCAAGCUUAGUGGCUAGGAAAUCUGUUGUGCCAAUUGCUUCAGGCAGGCAGAUCGUUCAGAGCCCAACUUAUAUUGUUAGGGCCAAGAUUGGAACCCCAGCACAAACCAUGUUGUUGGCCAUGGAUACUAGCAAUGAUGCUGCUUGGAUUCCUUGCAGUGGCUGUGUUGGUUGUUCUUCUACAGUUUUUAACAAUGUCAAAUCUACUACCUUCAAAACUGUGGGUUGUGAAGCUCCUCAAUGCAAGCAGGUACCCAACUCCAAAUGCGGAGGAAGCGCGUGUGCCUUCAAUAUGACCUAUGGCAGCUCCUCCAUAGCCGCAAACCUGUCGCAGGAUGUGGUCACUCUAGCCACUGACUCGAUUCCAAGCUAUACCUUUGGUUGCCUUACAGAAGCCACAGGCAGCUCAAUCCCACCACAAGGGCUUCUAGGGCUAGGCAGAGGACCCAUGUCCCUUUUAUCCCAAACCCAGAACCUAUACCAAUCAACAUUUUCUUAUUGCUUGCCUAGCUUUAGGUCACUUAACUUUUCUGGGUCAUUAAGGCUUGGACCCGUUGGUCAACCUAAGAGGAUUAAGACCACACCAUUGCUUAAAAACCCAAGAAGAUCUUCACUCUAUUAUGUGAACUUGAUGGCAAUUAGAGUUGGAAGAAGAGUUGUUGAUAUUCCUCCUAGUGCUUUGGCAUUCAAUCCAACGACUGGUGCAGGAACCAUCUUUGAUUCUGGUACUGUAUUCACCCGAUUGGUCGCACCGGCCUACACAGCGGUCCGAGAUGCAUUCAGGAAGCGGGUUGGCAAUGCAACGGUGACAUCCCUAGGUGGAUUCGACACAUGUUACACAUCACCCAUCGUUGCACCCACCAUAACAUUCAUGUUCUCCGGCAUGAAUGUGACAUUGCCACCAGACAACCUGCUAAUCCACAGUACAGCCAGUAGCAUCACAUGCCUGGCCAUGGCAGCCGCCCCAGACAACGUGAACUCGGUGCUGAAUGUCAUAGCCAACAUGCAGCAACAAAACCACAGGAUACUCUUUGAUGUGCCCAACUCAAGACUUGGUGUUGCCCGUGAGCCAUGCACAUGAUUUUUGUUUUGUUGAUUUAUAUGCUAUGCAACCUUAAUUUCUUAUGGUCAUGGUAGUGUACCUUAUUUUUAUAUUAGAUGUGGCUUGUGAUGUCAAGGAGGUGUCUGGUUUUUUUCUUUUUCUUUUUCUUUUGGGGAUUGUGUUUGAUGGUAUAAUUUGGCGUUAUUAGACAGCUUUGUUACUAACUGUUAAAAAAAGGGGAGGAGGUGAAAUUGAGUGUGUCACGGGUUUUUCUGUAUCGAUCUAAAGUUUGAUAGCUUAGUCCAAAAAAUCGUACCAUGUCACGGGUUUACUUACAAGGUUUUAUUCUACAGUUUCUUUCUCUGGAGAAUGUUCUACAGCUCAAUAAAAUUGCUUUUCUAGUAUCA